AUGCCUCACUCUGUAUCGCCUAUCGGUGCAGCUCAGCCUGAUGAUGAAAUGCCGGACGCUCCUCCAGCCGAGACUUCAACCGAGAACAGCGGUGUCAAACUGGCAGACAUGUUCGACGACGACGACGAUGAUGAUGACGAGUUCCCUGCCUCCAGUGCUCCAGGCGUAAAAGUAAAGGAGGAGCCGGCUCCUGCACCCUCAGGCGUGGACGAGGAUAUCAUGCUUGCUUUUUACCAACGACUGUUUCCAUUCCGAUAUCUUUUCCAGUGGCUCAACCAUGGAAUCAUACCAACAAAGGAUUUUGGAAACCGCGAGUUUGCACUCACUCUCCAAAAUGAUGCCUAUCUCCGAUACCAAUCAUACGCCACUGCGGACCUCUUCCGCAAAGAUAUUCUCCGAAUGAAUCCCUCUCGUUUUGAAAUCGGACCUGUCUACAGCACCAACCCUCGAGACCGCAAAACGAUGCGAGGCGGCCAAAUGAAGCCCGUGUCGAAGGAACUGGUUUUCGAUAUUGAUUUGACAGACUACGACGACAUCCGUACUUGCUGUGUUAAGGCAAACAUUUGUGCCAAGUGCUGGUCAUUCGUAACAAUGGCAAUCAAAGUUAUUGACACCGCUCUGCGGGAGGACUUCGGAUUUGAACAUAUUCUUUGGGUAUACUCAGGUCGUCGUGGUGCCCACGCUUGGGUUUGCGAUCCGCGUGCACGCAAUUUGCCGGAUGAUCGACGACGUGCUAUUGCCGGUUAUCUCGAAAUCCUUCGUGGUGGUUCGCAAAGCGGCAAGAAAGUGAACGUGAAGCGGCCAUUGCAUCCUCAUAUUGUACGAAGUCUUGAACUGCUCAAGCAUGACUUUGCUCGAACCACGCUUGGUGAGCAAGACACGUUUGAGAGUGCUGAGCAGGCCGAGCGUCUUUUGGCCUUGUUGCCUGAUAAGACCUUAAACGAGUCUUUACGGAAAAAAUGGGACUCAUCACCAGGUCGUGCCAGUGCCAGCAAAUGGGCAGACAUUGAUUCACUCGCUAAAACCGGCAAGAGCAGCACGUUGAACCCAGCUACCCUUCGAGACGCCAAGCAGGAUAUUGUCUUGGAAUACACCUAUCCACGCCUGGAUGCCGAAGUCAGUAAGAAGAUGAUUCACUUGCUGAAGAGUCCAUUCGUCAUUCACCCUGGUACUGGUCGUAUUUGUGUACCCAUCGACCCCCGCAAAGCCGAAGAAUUUGAUCCUCUUUCUGUCCCAACAGUUAUGAACCUGCUGGCGGAGAUUGAUGAAUACGAUGCGAAGCACCCUGCCGGAACAGCGGAAGCUGAAGUUCCAGAGGUUGAAGGCAGUGCAGUGAAUGGCUCUGACAUGAAAGGGAGUCGCAAGCUGCAGGACUAUGAGAAGACUAGCCUCAAGCCAUAUAUCGAGUUUUUCCGUUCCUUUAUUGCAGGGCUCGUGAAGGAAGAACGGGCAGGCAAGCGCGAGCGCGAUGAGAGUGGGCCUGGUAUCAAGGCUGAUCCCAUGGAAUUCUAG